AUGUACACCGAAGAACAAAGAAAGAAGAUUGACGGAUUGGUGGCCCAGUGGCUUGCCGUGGAUCCAAUGAGCUGUCACCAGAAGUACAAGGAGUUGGAUGGAAAACUCGGAAAGAGAAUCGCUUUUGGAACUGCAGGGCUCCGUUCGUCAAUGGAGCUGGGUUUUGCCCACAUGAACGACGUGACCAUCUUGCAAGCAUCCCAGGGUCUUGUUUCGUAUUUGUCAAAGACGGAAAACCCUUCUUUGGUCGUUGGUUACGAUCACCGCUUCCAUUCGCAGAGAUACGCUGAAAUCACCGCCAGUGUAGCUUUGGCUAGCGGAUUUACCGUUUACUAUUUGGGAACAGCAGAGAGUCUUUCUGACGAAUCUGACCCAGAAACUAGAGAGGGCGACAAGGCGUACGUUCACACGCCUAUGGUCCCUUUUGGCAUAGACUUCUAUAAAGCAUCAGCAGGUGUGAUGGUUACCGCUUCUCACAACCCUGCUAAGGAUAACGGAUACAAGGUUUACUAUGGAAACGGCUGCCAGAUUAUCCCACCUCACGAUGCUGGCAUUGCUAAGAGCAUUGACGAGAAUCUCGAACCGUGGAAAGACCGCGGAGUAUGGGAUGUCAAGGGUAACUUCGAGAAGGGCUUGAAGGAGGGCAAGCUUGUGCUUGUGAAGGAAGAGCUCUCUGCUAAAUACGUGGAGGCCGCCACGGAGCAGCUUAUUCGGAAAUCAUCGCUUUCCUACAAGUUUGUCUAUACCCCAAUGCACGGAGUGGGUCUUGAGAUGUUCUCGAGGAUCUUCAAGAAAUUCCACGCCAAGCAGACCGACGUGGAUGUUGUUCCUGAGCAGGCGUUCCCCGACCCCAAAUUCCCCUCGGUGCCUUUCCCUAACCCCGAAGAAAAGGGUGCUUUAGAUUUGGCUAUAGCCCGCGCUGAGGCUCAGGGCUUAUCGCUUGUGGUUGCAAACGACCCAGACGCCGAUCGUUUCAGUGUGGCCAUUAAACGCAAAAACGGCAAGUGGCAGCAACUUACCGGUAACGAAAUCGGUAUUUUGUUUGCUGCCUAUGUCGUUGAGGAGCGUACCAGCAAAGCUGAUUUGAGUGAGACAUGGCUCCUCAACUCCACAGUGUCAUCCCAGCUUUUGCGCUCAUUGGCCGAAAAAACCGGAUGCCAUUUCCAGGACACCUUGACUGGCUUCAAGUGGAUCGGCAACAAAGCCAUUGACCUCAAAAAGGCCGGGAAACUUGUGCCGUUUGGCUAUGAGGAGGCAAUCGGGUACAUGUUCAGUGUGGUGAAUGACAAGGACGGGAUUUCCGCGGCCGUGAUGUGGCUUCAACUCUACGAGGAGUGGUUUGGCGACGGCAAGCAGGACCCAAUUGAAAAGUUGGAGCUGAUCUACCAGAAGUACGGCUGGUUCAAGGAGUGCAAUGGCUACUACAAGCUCGACACCCUGAAGACACCGGGUAUCUUUCAGGCAAUUCGGGACUCAUUCCCGGGUGACGCUCCAUCCACUCUUGGCGAUUUUAACGUCACCGAAUGGAGAGAUUUGACUAUCGGUUAUGAGCUGUCCACCCCAGACCAUGUUCCGAUUCUCCCCGUAGACCCACUGUCUCAGAUGAUUACAGCCGUUUUGCAACCACCGCACUCUAGCGAGCAGGUGCGCUUCACUUGCAGAGGGUCCGGAACCGAGCCCAAGCUCAAGGUGUACAUUGAGGGUCGGUCGAACGGAAGCGAGGAGGCGGCCCUGAAGCUUGCCAGAGCAUGCUGGGACACACUUAAGAAGCACUGGUUUAAGCCGGAAGAGAAUGGGCUCCAAGAAGUGACGACCCUCGAGGGAAUGCUCCGAGGCCUCCUCAUAGGGGCAGUUGCCCUACUAUUGGUGUGGACGUUUUUCCAGAGAAACAAUGGAUUCAACCCUUCCAUUCAAGAAAAGGCCGUCUUGACCGAGGAUUACGACCUAUACAAGGUGACCAAAGAUGGCGUCCACAAGGUCGAGCCAGAAGAUGCCUCCACCACCGAAGAGGCCGAGCAGAUUUAUAAAGACACCGUUCACAUCCACGACUUGAACGACUACCAGGGCACUACCGCAGGGGAGGCUCACAAUGAGGUGCAUGUGUUGCCCAUGGCCUUCCAAAACAUCAUGAACUUGACCUACGACCACUCGUUGAUUGACAUUGCAUUUUUGGUUUCUGACUGCUCUCCUGGUGACACCACGUUGGAAUCCGUCUUCAAGUACUCCAUUUCAUUGCAGAACGGCACGUUGGCCGACGAGCUUCUAGCUGCAGAGCAGAACAAACGCAACAACCUUGUUCGGGGCACCAACGACUUGUAUGAGAACUACAUGGACCAGGGUUAUAUGGAGAAUGUGCGCAAGGCGUACAACUCGCCUGAGACAUGGCACAAGGGCUAUAGAACGCCAUUCCGGUCUGUUUCCAUUUACGUUAAGGACUUUGGCCAGGUGAUUGGCCAGGGCUUCAGUGAUAGACACGCCGUGAAGGUGCAGGGUAUCCGUAGAAAGUUGAUGGGCCGGGCAAGAAAUUGGCUUACUGCCAGCGCCUUGAGAGCUCACCACUCAUGGGUGUACUGGAGAGACGUUGAUAUCGAAACCUGCCCUGGAUCUGUGAUCCAAGACUUGAUGAAGUUCGACUAUGACGUGAUGGUGCCUAACAUUUGGAGACCAUUGCCCGGGUUCUUGGGCAACGAACAACCGUACGAUCUCAACUCGUGGGUUGAGUCAGAGCCGGCACUUGAGUUAGCCAAGAAGCUUGACGAGGAUGAUGUCAUUGUUGAAGGGUACGCCGAGUACCCAACGUGGCGUGUACAUUUGGCCUAUCUCCGAGACGCCAAUGGUAAUCCCAACGAAGUGCUUGACUUGGACGGUGUUGGCGGUGUGUCCAUUCUCGCCAAGGCCAAGAUCUUCCGCCAGGGCGUCCACUUCCCUGCGUUUACAUUUUUGAAUCAUGCUGAGACCGAGGCGUUUGGCAAGAUGGCCAAGCAGAUGGGCUUCCGCGUGGGAGGCUUACCGCACUACACCAUCUGGCACAUCUACGAGCCCAGUGAAGACGACUUGAAGAAGAUCGCUGCCAUGGAGAGAGAGAAGCGGCGGAAGCAGAGCACCUAG